UACUUCAUCACAAAAUAGUGCGUGUAUUUUUCUCCCUGCAGUCCAAAUAAAGCACUUACAAAUCGCACGGCCCAUAAGUAAUCCACGUUGCUCUCUUUCUGUAGGUUAACUGUGUGUACGUAAAUAACCCUUUUACCUGUAGCAAACAAAGGUUUAGUGCGUAAAUUCGCCACCGACGCACAUUGACUAAAGCGUAAAAGGGAGCGGGCCGGAAGCGUGUACACGGGCUACGAAAACAACUGCCCAGAUCACAGAUACGCAAAUUGUUCAAUCUGUUAUUGUGCCGAGAACUCGGGUAUGCGGGUGAGAGAUUUAAUUGAUUGAGUGCAUCUUUGCUAGCGGUAAACUGCAAGCGGCGCAUCACCCACGCUUCUAUACCACCGGAACCGAGUCGCCCACAUCAGGGCAAUAGAGCAAAAGACCUCCUUCCAAGCGCGCGAAACUGCGUUACCGCGAAAAAUGAAAAUCAUCUGCACGCAAGUGUUCAAGUGUCUGCUGUCCGUUCUGCUGCUGCUGCUCUUCAUCCUGUUCAGUUUCGCUUCCCGUGUGCUCUUUGUUUAACGUUCCGUUUGUCGCCGCUGAUAACUCCCAGCAUCUCUUCCACCACUAUCAUCAGCUGUUUCGUUUCGUCAAUUUCGCGCGGUUCGACGCACUUUCACGUUAAGGUCACGCCGUAUCUUAUCUUCCGUGCCUUCCGCGUACGCCAGACAGGCACACAAACAUACACACAAACACACAUACAUACAUCAACUUGCGGUGACCGGAAAUCAUCCGAGAAAGUGGACAGCGCGCGGAUGGGGACAAUUCGUUACGAGUAGACAAGAUUUAGCUUCUCGCCGGCGUUCCGUUUUGUAAUGCUCACCGCUAAUGUGGCCGUCGAUCUGGUGAAGCACACUCGCCUGCUUCACGCCGUAUAAUGGCAGACGACGAUGAUAUCAGAACGGCAGUACACUCGCUUUAUGCCAUUCAGCAACAGCAGCUCCAGCAGCACACACACUCGCCGGUCAUACAUCACCAAUCUAUGAUGCACGGCGGUUCCCAGGGCUAUGGUAGCGGUCCGCCCAUGAACACGCUCGGCAUGACACGCUCGCAAUCACACACGGUCAAUCUGCUGAGCGAGGACUUUAUUGCCGGGUACAUGGAGCAGGGCCGCAUGUCGGUCGUCCGCCGAUUCUUCUGCCUGUUCGUAACAUUCGACGUCGUCUUCAUUUCGCUGCUGUGGAUCAUCUGUGUUGUGAUCACCGGCGACAACGUUAUACAUGCACUGCAAACUCAGGUCCUGCACUACACGGUCUACACAUCGCUGUUUGAUGUCGUUAUUGCUGCCCUCAUUAGGUUCAUUUUUCUUAUACUGUUUUACGGGCUGCUCAGCAUCAGCCAUUGGCUAGUGAUAGCGGUAAGUCCCAUUGCCCCAAUCUGUCUGGCGCCUGGCAGCUUUAAUCUAGCUUUUUUUUUGCGCUCCCCAUUUCAGCUAUCUACAACUAGUUCCUGUGCGUUUCUUAUUAGCAAAGUAUUUCUUUACGAUUGGACUGCUACACCACAACCGGUGUUCGAGGUGCUGCUGAUCGUGGUAUCGUUUGUGUUGGCAUGGGGCGAAGCCUGGUUUCUCGAUUGUCGCGUCAUACCGCAGGAACGAUAUGCGAGAAACUAUUUCGUCGCGAUCACAAAUCCUGGCUCGAUGGACGCGCGCACACCAUUGUUGGGCCCAUUUCUGAGCGCAACCGUGGCUGGCCGGACGGAAAGUAUAGGCAACUUUUACUCUCCGAUCGAUUCGAUUCACAACAGCGACGAUGACGAUGAUGAAGAUCGGCAGGACGACGAGUUCAAGCGGAUGGGCACCGAGUGCGUUCGGCGGGCGUACACCGUACUCGAGUCGGACAGCUGGAAGAUUGAGAAGGUAACGUCGAAGGGUGACACGAUCCAAAGCUGCCACCUGGAUAAGCUCGGGAAGGUGUACAAGCUUACGGCAAAGAUUCACUACCCGGCUCGGAAGCUGCUGGAGGUGUUGUUCUACAAGAUCGAGGACGUGCCCAAGUGGAACCCGACGCUCGUGCAAUCGAAGAUCAUUCGCAAAAUCGACAGCCAUACGGAUAUUACGUACCAGGCCACGAUGGGCGGUGGUGGCGGUGUGGUGAAGUGUCGUGAUUUUGUCAACCUACGCUGCUGGCAUCUGUGCCGCGAUGGGCGCGUCAUCGAGGGUGUCGAUAUCUUACCGAAUCCGCUAAUAAACCUAUCCCCCGUGACGGAAGAAAGCGAAGGCAACGACGGUUCGGUAGAGCAAAGUGAGCACGACGAGGAGGAGGACGCGGAGGAAAGCGAUGGUAGCAUGGGAAAGGGUGACGUUUCGGGCAAAAUUCCCGCCUCCAAAUCCGUACCCCAGAUGAGUCAAUCGCACGUCGAAUCGCUGGACCGAAACGGUGCAAAGGGUGGCGCGAAGAAAGAUAAGACUGCAUUUAAAUCGCUCAGCAAAAGCUUGGGCGCACAGGACUUUGCUGCCGAAGGUGCGGGUUCGGGAGCGAAUCCGAAGGCGAAAAGGAAGGACGCUGCUGGAGCCGACUCGGGCGAAUCGAUCGCAAAGGGUGGCAAUGUGUACGUGAGCUCGGCAAUCAGUAUAGAAUAUCCCGGUGCUCCUAAUGAUACUAUUUUUAUCCGAGGAGAAAACAAACUGUCGUGCUGGGCGAUGCGGGAGCUCGAAAAUCAAAAGGAUCACUGCAUCUUCGAGUGGCUGCUGUGCUUGGAUCUGAAGGGCUACAUCCCACGCUACGUGCUAGACACUGCCUACACUACGCUAAUGCAAGACUACAUGAACUACCUUCGCAAGUACGUCACCGAACUACGCAAGGAUGGAAAAGUGCCUGGUGGCUUCGACUCCACCGACGACUAGUGGCGGGCGCGCCCUGGAACGGAGCAACCCGAAUCGCAUCGCAUUACUUCAUAAAUCAUUCGAAUUUAGAAUAGACUUACUCCUUACCUUAUUAAUGUUUUAUUUCUUUGGACUCAUCUUGCUCCGAUAUGCUUGUUUAGCGGGAAUGCCGCUUACGUACGUGGCCUGAUUUUAUUUCCCCAUGGCAUGAUGCGUGUAGAAGCCAUCCUUUUUUUUUCUUGUGCUAAUUUUUUAACCAACGUACUGUGGGAUGAGAUUUCCUAGUCAAUUAUAGGGCGUGAAAGUGGAUGAGUGAGCCUACUAAUUCUCUUGAUAAGGAAAUGAGUUCCCUUUAAUGCAAUCGCCACUAUCCGAUUUAAGCAACCUUAGCGAACGUGAAGUACUGAGUUAAGCAACGGGAAAACAGCCGUAAUCUUUUGGAUGCUAUCCUCUGCUGGCGGGAAAACCCCGCUCCACAACAUGUCUAUUUGGUAUUGCUGUUAUUUUAUUGUGAUAUGAAUAAAAGAUUUAUAAUUGAGCGCGUAA